GCUUUGGUACACCGCGCCGUUUUAUUACGUAAACCUAGGAUGCGCCGAUGAUGUAAUCUGCUCUGCAACUGCAGCUGCAAUGGCUUCCACCAUUUUGGAAUCUGGAGCUGUCAAAGAUCAAUACCGUCAUAUUUGAGAAAGGAAAAGGAAGAUAAAUCAAUACCGUCAUAUUUGAGAAAGAGAAAUGGGCUCUUCCUCGUCCAUCAGAGCAUUUGUCGCCACUCUUCGCAGGUUUUCUCAUGGGUUCUCCUCCAAAUGCCCCUACUCCUUUUCCCUCCAAAAAAAUGGUUUGCUGAAGAGAAAUUUAUCAUUCCCAUCCACAGUAUCAACGUAUUCCCCGUUAUGUUCGUAUGAGAACAAUUACAGUGGUCAUUAUCUUCAAGCGAGAAAGAUAUGGGCAUUCCAUCCUGUCUGUAUGGGCAGGCGUUCCUGCAAAAUCGCUGGCAGAAAGGGGGCGCAAGAUGCAAAGAAAGCAAAACUUUAUGCAAGAAUUGGAAAGGAAGUUGUAUCUGCUGUAAAGAAAGGGAGUCCAAAUACCAUUUCAAACACAGCUCUGGCUGCUGUACUUGAGAAAGCCAAGGAGCUUGAUGUACCAAAGGAAAUUCUAGACCGCAACAUUAAGAAAGCUUCUGAGAAAGGACAAGAGGCUUACAUUGAGAAGAUCUAUGAGGUAUAUGGUUAUGGUGGAGUUAGUAUGGUAGUUGAGGUCUCGACAGACAAGAUAAAUCGUUCUGUGGCAGCUGUUAGAGAAGUAGUGAAGGACUAUGGAGGAAAGAUGGCAGAUCCAGGAUCUGUAAUGUUCAAGUUCAGACGUGUCCGUGUUGUAAAUGUAAAGGUCACCAAUGUUGACAAAGAUCAUCUCCUUGCCAUUGCUUUAGAUGCCGGUGCUGAGGAUGUAAUUGAACCUCCACUUUAUGAAGAUGAUACUGAAGAAGAAAGGUCGGAAAGCUAUUAUAAAAUUGUAAGUGCAUCUGAGAACUACGCAGAGAUUCUAUCAAAACUACGUGAGGAUGGGAUGAAAUUUGAGCCUGAUAAUGGUUCCGAGCUGCUUCCAAUGACCACCAUAGAGGUAGAUGAUGAGGCUAUGGAAUUAAACAAGGAGCUUAUGAGCAAAUUACUUGAACUUGACGAUGUUGAUGCCGUUUAUACAGACCAGCAAUGAUAAAAUGUAUCUCUGGUUGUCAUCUUAACAAUUGAAUUCGGGUUUUGGUGCUGGUGGAAAGUAUUAGGUACAUCCAAUUCGAGUACGAGUGCAACAUUUAACUGGUCUUUGUUACUCGAUAAAGUAUGAUGCCCAAUACUUCACUGGUUGGGAGGCAGGGCCAUUGAUACCUUGUUGCUUAUAUUUCCAUUUCACAAAAGAGAGAAUUUCAGUCACAGCUCGGUUAUUAUAUCUGGAAGAACAGUGAAUACUGAGAUCUUUCUUUCUGAAGGACAGGUCAUAAAUUUCUUUUUUGCCCCAGUAGAUGUAUAAUGAUUAGUUUUUGAUAUAUCCAGAAUAUAUCUUCUUUAGCAAUCAUUUACUAUA